GGGGUCGAGACGUGAAUCGGAAGGGUUGGGCGUUUGUAUAAAGAGGGAGGAGAGAGAUCGAAGGAAAUGACGGAACCACCAACAACUCCAUCGACUGGCGGGCGGUCGUCGAAUGCCAAACCGUCUCUAAUGGAAAGUCUGCUGGGGCUCCUCAGAAUCCGCGUCAAGCGAGGCGUCAAUCUCGCCGUCCGCGACGUCCGUAGCAGCGACCCGUACGUUGUCGUCAAGAUGGGCAAACAGAAACUUAAGACGCGUGUUAUUAAAAAGGAUGUUAAUCCCGAGUGGAAUGAAGAUCUAACUCUUUCUGUCAUAGACCCUAAUGAUCUCGUCAUGCUUACGGUGUAUGACCAUGACACGUUUACCAAAGACGACAAAAUGGGAGAUGCGGAUUUUGAUGUCAAAGCAUAUAUAGAAGCCUUGAGGAUGAAUUUGCAAGGCCUUCCAAGUGGCACCAUAAUCACAAGAGUACAACCAAGCAGGCAAAACUGCUUGGCCGAAGAGAGCUGCAUCUUGUGGAGUGAUGGCAAGGUGGUCCAAGAUCUGGUCCUUAGAUUGAGAAAUGUGGAAUGUGGAGAAGUGGAAAUCCAAUUGCAAUGGAUUGAUCUUCCUGGUUCCAAGGGUUUAUAAAGAUUGUGAAUGCUCCUUUGUUUGCUUUCCUUCAUGUGAGCUCCCUGGUGGGGUUGGUUUGUUCAUAGGUGUGUAUUGAACUGACAUUAUAUGUUUUUGUGUUUGCCUAUGGGUUCCAGUUUGUAGCUCAUUAUAUAGGGUUGAACAAUUUUUGGUAUUAUUGAAUACCAUAAUACUAUUUUGUAUGGCCUUAUAUCAUCUUUUGCUGUGAAUCUCAACUUGUAGCUGCCUGCUCACUCAGCACUUGGCAGGUAUUUAAUUGUGUAUUCGCAAAUUGCUUGAAUAAUAUGAGAUAAAAGCACAUGGAGAUAAUCCUAUCCUACUCAAACA